UAAUAUGUACACCUCGCCCUGGCACAGUGUUACCUUAAUACAACCAGGUCUGGUCUGAGAAGCAGCAGAGGCUGUGCAAGCAACAGAUCUGCCUGCAGUGGCCCAACCUCCCAGUAGGGGGCAGUGUGGUGUAGUGCUGCCCCAAGGCCAGACUGAUCCCUCCACAGUCUGGGCCGAUCUUCCUCUCUCCAUCCAAAUGGCACCAGCGCACUGCAGUCUACCUCGACCCUUAACCCUGAACUGACAGCUGAUGUCACUCUCCAAACGACCUUGAGGUGUCACAUGUCCAAGUGACACGGAGGAAGCAACUGCGCUGAGGCUUUUAUUGCCUUGCUUUUGUUGAGAGUUUUUUUUUAAAGGGAGGUGGCUCUGUCGGUGUCUGUAAUUCAUGAAGUUUGCUUUAACUAUUGCAUGGCUUUUAAUUCCAGAAUCUGGCCAAUAUAAUUUAGCCGUGACUGCCCAUGUCCUGGUGUCUCAGCAUCAGGGAAGCGGACCCUGCUUUCAAUCAAGCCCUGAUCUUUUAUUAACAUGUCCCUCGCUUUCCAGUUCAAUGACACCUAGCUUACUGACAGAAACACUGUGCACUCAAAUAGAUCAAAAGCUUUUAUAUUUGGGCUUACAGCACAUGUCUCCUGCUAUUGAAAAUCCCAAUCGAUUAGUCACCUCUUGAUUCAGGAUUGCACUGGGAGCGUCUGGACCAGCUGAGCUGCAAACCUGUAUCAACAAAUGAGCUCAGGUUGCAUUCCACACUGUGCAGCCCUGUGCAAGGGCCACCCCUGUGGGGGCAAUGAGAUUAGACUAGGUAGAUCAGUUUACACCAGUGGAGCUCAAGAAUGAGAGGAAAGGGUGCUAUUCAGUGAAGUGAUACUGAGACCCUUACCAUACACAGAGGCACCAUGCAAGCCAGGACAUGCUGCAACCUUCUGCUGGUCUCUGCUCUUUCCUUGCUUGCAAGCUCUGAGACCAGGCAUCAGGAUAAGCCACCGCAGCUAGACCACAGCACUGAGGAGAUACAGAAGCAGGUCGACACAGCCAUCAGGACGUUGCAGAGGAAUGGCUUCUUUCCUUGGCCGAGGGAGCAAAUCGAUCAGAUGGUGCCCAGGCUUCACCUCGGAGUGCUGGAGCUGUGGCUGGAGUUCAGGCGCUUCCAGAGAGAGAAUCAACAGAUGGGGAAGAGGAUCAAGGGGCUGAUGGCUCGAGAUGCAAGGUGCUGCCAAGAGUUAGCUUUGGAAAUAUCACAUUUUAAAAACGAGGUGCUUCAGAAAGUCGAGACAGUUGCGGGUGAAGUGGUCGUUCUGCAGGGGAAGGUGGGUGAUUUGGAGGAUACAGAGGAAACUGACCGAACUGUGGAAAAUAUUGAAUCCAAUGAGACCACAGACAUGCCAGCUCUACCAGCAGUUAACCUUACCAGCCAACCAGAGAUGGCGAAUACAAGCGUGAACCAAUCAGGAGACACAUACCUUACUUCUGUCCAAUCAGAAGGCUGGAUCAACAAUGCCAGUGAUCCUGUAGAGGUGGGUGUUGGUGUAUCUGAACCAGAAAUGAAAUCCUGUCACUCCGAGGCGUCACUCAAUCCCCACUCCCCUGAGAAGCUCCACCUGCGUGUGUCUGACCUCACACAGCUCUUGAAUGGACACACUGACCUCCUGGCAGAGUUAUAUGAGAGACUGUCAGCACUGGAGGGACAUGAGCUGGACCAGCGGCCCUCUGAGUAUGAAGGGAGUGGAGACCACCAAUAAAAGCAACAGCUACCAGGGAUGGAAAUAAGGCUCCAAUUGCAUAGCAGUUUCACCCAUGCCAGACUUUACUAUGAGCUUGAUUAGCCCCAGUGUACAGGUACAAAGCUCAGGUGUGUCUUAUUAAGUACAAUAAAAACCGGGUAUGGAUCAAACGGCUAUGCCACGGGAGUCUCAUUUCCAUCAAUGUUAGUUAUUACUAUAUACAUUAUGUCUACCAGAAAUAAACAACAACAAUAUAUGUUUCCAUAUACAUUUGCCAUUCCAAACAUUGUGUUUAUUCUACAAGUGAGU